AUGAAAUGGAAGCUAUUUCAUGACAGUUAUGAGAAUAUGGAACUGAAAAAUCUCCCAGAUGGAAGAUCUGGUUUUGAGAGCCCCUUCACAGAACUCCUUGAUGAUUUUUCCCAGGAUGUUUUGGGGCAGCUCUUGAAUGAUCCCUUCCUGUCUGAGAAAAAUGAGAUGAUGGAAGUGGAAUUAUCACCAGUUUCUCCAGCUCCCCUCAUCCAGGCAGAGCAUAGCUAUUCCCUUUGUGGGGACUCUCGGCCCCAGUCGCCAUUGACCCAUAUUUCAGCUGAUGACAAUUUCAAUGAAGCUGACUUGGAAAAUGAAGACUGGUGCCUGGGAUCAGAGCUGACAUCAGCCAACAUAAAGACAGAACCAGCAGUGACUGAAACAUCCGGCCUUGCUCCGUCAGGCAGUCUUACUGCUUCGCCCAGCCCCACCAUCCUGGAGGGGGAAGAGCCACCGCUGCAGGAUGAUGGCACAGUAUGGUUUCUGACUAAAUCAGAGAGUCACAAAAUUCUUCCUGAGAUUAAACUGGAGCCGCAUGAAGUGGAUCAAUUUUUGAACCUUUCAUCCAAGGAAGUGGUGGAUACUCUACACAUGCCUCCAACACCCCCCAGCAGCCAUGGCAGUGAUUCUGAGGGUGGACAAAGCCCAACCCGGUCCCUCCCACCAUCAAGUCCCACCCACUUGCAGGCCACUGUUAAAGUGACUUCACGCACAGCUUCCGCCCUCACCAAUUCACCUCUCUUAACAGCACCACAUGUAAGAGACAGUGGUCUCUGCCUUUUUCUUUUUGUUUGA